CAGGCCUGGGUGGGCGGGGCUGCUUGAGGGGGUGGUGACAGCGGCCUUAGCAACGGUUUCUGAACUGUGUAGACUGCAGUUGGGCUUCGCGGCUGGCGGCUGGGAGGUCCCGGCUGACCUCACUGGUUGGUGACAUGGCAUCCAACUACUGCACAGGUUCAGACCAAUGGAAGAAAAGAGCAGCAAAACUUGAACCGAAUGAAACCCAAAAGCAAGAAAUUAAAGAGGCCUUUGAUUUAUUUGAUGUUGAUGGGUCUGGAACCAUAGAUGUGAAAGAACUGAAGAUUGCCAUGCAAGCCUUAGGAUUUGAUCCAAAGAAAGAAGAAAUUAAAAAAAUGAUAGCUGAAAUCGACAAAGAAGGAUUUGGCACCAUUACUUUUGAAGAUUUUUUUGCCAUAAUGAGUGUAAAAAUGAGUGAAAAAAAUGAAAAAGAAGAAAUACUGAAGGCUUUCAAAUUAUUUGAUGAUGAUGAUACUGGAAGCAUAACACUAAACAAUAUCAAGAGGGUUGCUAAGGAAUUGGGGGAAAAUUUAACAGAUGAUGAACUUAAGGAAAUGCUUGAUGAGGCUGAUCGUGAUAGGGAUGGAGAGAUAAAUGAGGAAGAAUUUUUGAGAAUGAUGAAAAGGACCACUCUUUAUUAAUACUUUUUUUUAUUCCUUCUGGAAAGUUGUUAACAACUUCGUAUUUGCUAUAUGGUUCUAUCAUAUCUGAAUGUAUUAUCAAUUUUUAGUUUAUAUGCACAGAUUGGUCUCUUGAUGUCUAAUCCAUGUGAGAAGUUUCAUGUUUCUACCAAUCUUUUGUUAAAUCCAUAGCAUCAAGAGACAAAAUGUAAUGAUUUCUGUGAACCAUGGAUCUCAAACCAGUAUUAAUUCUAACUGCUACUUUUAGAGCUCUAGGGUCUAAAGACUUAGAAUUUUUUUAAGUUUAAUGAAACUGACCCCACAUCCAAAUGAAUUUUGCAAACAAGCAAUUAGUUUCCCUAUUAUUUUCCUUUUGUGCAACUCUUUAAAUCUGAUAAAUAUUUGCUUUUUAAUCAGUUAUUCAGAUAUGUUAAGUAUUAAGUAAAAUUGCCUAGCACUAUAUUAUUUGCUAGUUUUUCUCUUAUAAGGAAAUUCAAAGCAGCACUGUACUGUGUAGAUUUUCCUAUAAGUUUGACCCCUCAUGUGAGCAUUUAAUCUGCAUGGGAGGUGCUAGGGAUUUUACACAUGUUAUCUCAGUGUUACAACUUAGAAGCUGGUAGUAUUAGCUCCAUUUUACUACAUAGGAGAAAACUAAAGUUCAGAGAACUUAAAAAUUGCCCAGUUGUUCAUAGAUAAUAAAUAAAACAUGGAUAAAUCUUGGAUCGUUAUGCUUCACUAUGCAGCUUCCCUAUAGAAAACAAAAAUCUCAGGAUAACUUAAAUAUAUAUUUUCUAACUCAUUUAAUAUUAUGACUCUUGUAAUUUAACUUUGUUUUUGUUUUGUUUUUUUUUAUGAAAGAACCAAACUGUUGGGAAAGGCAGUC